AUGUCACCUGCACCUGAGCUGUCGGAGCUUCACAAACAAGGAUCAAGUGAAAGUGACGACAACGACUUGUCCGACUUGGGAGAGAUAGAUCUCGGCCAAGACAAGAUCGUACGGCGGGUAGACAGAAACUUUGGCGAGGCACUAAGGGCAGUCUCGCGUAGAUAUAGGAGACGUAAGAAUGAUCGCCGUAAUGAAGAAGCUCGACGACUAUAUUCUCUAAUGAUAUCUGCAGCAGACCAAGAUAUUGUACUUAACAAUCAAAAGAAACCAGCAGUAAAGAAACUCGAGCACGUUGACGAUGUGACAUGGCUUCUCAAGAAGGCAAACAUGCUAGAGCCUCUACUAGAAAACAAUAUAUUGGAAUCAAUAAGAACGUGGUUAGAACCCUUGCCUGAUGCAUCGCUUCCUAACAUAGCUAUCCAGAAGGGUCUAUUUGAAGUUCUAGAGAGGGUCCCCAUGUCUAUUGAACUCUUACGACGAUCGGGAAUUGGUAGAAUAGUGCAUUUUUAUGAAGAGCAUCCCCGCAACGAUGCGGAUAUAACGAAACGGGCAGCUAAAUUAGUUGUUAAAUGGAGCGCGCCAAUAUUCGGUAAGAGCCUCGAUUAUAAAGACAAGAGGAUCGUAUAUUAUGAACCGGAUAGUGGAGAGUUUCCAUGUCUGGAUGGCAUUCGCGGAGGUGUCACGUUUGCACCUUCUUCUAACGGAAUGCUUUGUAAGAGGAGAGGAUAUGAUCCAUACAGGAACCUGAAAAGCCGUAUGGCACAGAUGAAGAAGGGCAUCAAUGUUAAAUAA